UAAAUAAAUAAAUAAAUCAACCUGUAGUGAAUCAAAUAAUUAAUCACCCACGUAAUUAAUUAUCUGAUGGUUUAAAUAAUUAGGUGAUUUAUCUUAUCAAUUAAUCCGUAGAAUCUCAUGGCAGUCGUAAGAGAGCGAUGUGGUAUUUUUUGCUAUGAUGCAACAUUUUGGUAUAUGAUAGUGACAUUUUCUUUGAUGCUUUUCAAAUCAGUCUUUGCAGAUUCCAUACAUAUUUCCCUUUCUUUUGUCAUUGUCCAUAAAAACUAAGUUGAUAAAUUCUUUGUCGUAUGUGAUUUUGAUGUUUUCUUUGUUGUUUUUCAAAUUAGUCUUUGCUAGCUGUCUCUAUGCAUAUUUCCCUUUCUCUUUUGUUACUGUCCACAAAAUCCUCUUUUGUUAUUGUCCACAAAAUCUAAGUCGAUAGUUUCUCAAUGAUUUCACAUGCUGGUAUAUGAUUUUUUGUUGUAAUGUUCUAGUAGAGUGUUGAUGCGUUAGCAUCCUAUAUAUAUGGAUGGAUGAUGAAUGUAAGUAUAGGAAUUGCUGAAUGCAAUAUAUAGAAACAACUGAGAUAUAUUUUUUUUAAGAUACAAGAAGUAAAAGGUGCUGAUUUUGCAAGACAACGGAGGAGAAUAACUCCGCCUUGAAAGAAGAGGCCUUUUCUUGUACCAAAUCCGGUCAUUUAUAUUAGUAUCUUUGAUCAAGCCCUCCAACAGCGGAUGAUCAUAGCUGGUGCUUAGUAGUCUGUGUCAACAAUGUCUGAAACACAUCUAAGUGAAAUAAGGGUUGAUCCAUUGAUCAACAAAGAGGAAGGGAUUCAUAACAACCAACCUCAAGAGCUGAAGAUGGAUGAAACACUAGGAAAUUACUCAUUGAAAAAGAAUGAGCGUUCUUCGUGGUUUAGUUCCAUAAUGACAGAGGUCAAAGACACUAAAAACAAUCAGCCACCCGGGCCAAAGAUUCCAAAAGUUUCAAACAAACUUAGAAAUAAAAACGAGAAAUGCUACAGUCCUGGGAUGGUCUCAAUUGGGCCUUAUCACUAUCCGGAUAAAAAUCUCAGAGAAGCGGAUCAUCAUAACAAUCUCAGAGAAGCGGAUAACAAUCUCACAGAAGCGGAUCAUCAUAACAAUCUCAAAGAAGCGGAGAUUCUAAAGUUUUCGAUGGCUCGCCAAUUCAUCGUAGAUAGUGGAAAAAGCAUAGAACUCGUCUACAGAGAAGUAGAAGAGGGUAUCCAAACCGCAAGAGAAUUUUACAACAAGAUCGACAUAAUAGGCUAUGAUGACGAGCAAUUCACCAAGAUGAUUUUUCUUGAUGGAUGCUUUAUUCUCCAAUUCAUCCACUGUGUGACUCAUAAUUAUGAAAAUUUAGAGAUGACCGAUCGGCAAGUUGCUGCUGUGAAGCGGGAUUUGUUAUUACUGGAGAACCAGAUUCCUUUUCAAGUCCUGAAAUCACUGACGAGUCUGAGGUACGAAAAAGAUGGAACCAAUCAUGGAAUGAAACAUGUGAAUGAUUUUCUUUUUUUCCAUAUUCUCAACCCGAAAGAUCAACCAUUGCGGACUCGAAAAUUACUUUGGUCUACCGUUUGUCUCCUGUUAUUGUUUCUUCCAAUUGCUCUUCCAUUUGUUUUAUCACGCACGUUUAUCGGUCAUAAUCAUGACCUGGUUUUCUUGAGCAUGGUGCCACCAUUUGCGAUGAUGCAAUUAUGUGUCUUGAUACCAGCUUGGCUUUUGUGGUUACUACUAAGAAAGGGGAGGAAAGCCUCAGGAUAUGAUUCGCAAUGGCAGCCUGAUGAAGAACCUGCCCAUCUUCUUCAACUUCUAUAUUUUCUUUUCGUAGGUCCUCACAACAUAAAAGGCAAGUCGUCUUCACGAAGAUGCGGCCAUUGCUUGUCUUAUUUGGCCACAUGUCUUAAGAAAUUCAUUCCUAGAAAGUACAAGACAGUUGUUGCUCAAGGAAGGCGUGGCCAUUACCUGUAUUAUUCUGCCAAGGAACUUAAGAAGGUGGGAAUCCAUUUCAUGUCUAGUCAGACUAUUGCUUUGAUGGAUGUCAAGUUCAAGUCAUCAUAUUUCCAUGGAACAUUGAAACUUCCUUCAAUUACCAUAGAUGAGUCAACAAGGUCCAUGCUCUUCAACCUAGUGGCCUUCGAAACAUCUGCUGCACUCAAUCCACUUCGGGUCACUUCUUACAUAUGUUUCAUGGAUUCGCUGAUUGACGAUGCCGAUGACGUGAAAGAGCUGCGAUCAAAGGGCAUAAUUGUUAAUUUCCAUGGACCCGACCAGCAGGUUGCGGAUCUCUUCAACCAUAUGGGCCGUUUUCUUGAACCUGAUACUAGUGUUUAUAAUGAUGUUAAAAGAGAGAUAAAUGAGCAGUGUGAGAGCAUCGUGAAGAAAUGGGUAGCUCAGUGGCACCAAACUUAUUUUCAGAGUCCUUGGGCCUUCAUUGCAGUUGCUGCCGCCGCUGUUGGUUUGGCUCUUACCGCCACUCAGACGUACUAUGCAAUGCACCCACGUGACCCACCCAAGACGAAUUCAACAGAAUGUGCCAAUGCACCCACGUGACCCAUCCAAGAAGAAUUAACUAUUGCAAACGAUGAUGUAGAAACUAUAUAUAGUUCUUAUUCAACAGAAUGUGUAAUAUUUCGGGAAGGGAAUUAAAUUGUAAUGAAUUCUGUCAGCUUGUAAUUAAGACAUGAGAUGAUUUCAUUUAGGCUAA